ACACAAAUUCGGGACCCACAUUUGGUGGGUUUAGGGUUUCACAAAAAAUGUUAUUUAUCGCGCAUGGAUGAACUCAGAACUUCCGGCCGUCACUACCAUCUGCCACGCUCUAUCUGAGAUUUCUCAUUUCUGCUUUGGCUUGUCAUUUUCCUACAUACCAUAUUUUGAUUUCUUAUUUUUGGUUUCUAUUGUGAAUUUGAAGAGAGUUAUAUCAUUAUAUGGUGAAUUAGGAAAUUCUCUGUUGAAGAAGUUCUCGAUGUUGGAACAUAACGCAAUAUAUUCUGGUUUCCAUACUCAAAAGAUUGUGAGAAUGGGAAGGAGAGCCGAAGAUGAUGAAAAUGGGUAAUAGUGCUUCUACCUCUGCUUAUCUCAUCUGAUCUGCUUGUGCUUUUCGUUCUCCUGGAAAUACUGAAUGGGUACAACUCCUAAAUCUUUGAACUCGCUUCUUUUCUUCUUCUCGAAUCAUUUGAUUCUUGAUUAUUGUCGUGUAUGGCAUCUUUCAUUCCAUUCUUCAAGCAGUUACUAUCUCCGUAGUGUAGCCACCAACUCUUCCACCAGAGUUCGAGAAUAUAGGGAAAGCCCCAAACAGUUAUUAAAAUAUGUAAGAGAUCAAUGCAAAACUGGGACCUUCAAGGAUCUUGACGGUGCCUUGGGCUUAUUUGAUCGAAUGGUCCGCAUGCACCCUUUGCCUUCUGUUGUGUCUUUUACUCAAUUGCUGACAUCAAUUGCAAGAGCGAAGCAUCACUCAACUGUGAUCACAUUGGUAAAACAAAUGGACUUGUUAGAAAUUGCUCCUGCUCUUCAUACUCUCAAUAUUUUGGUUAAUUGCUUCUGCCAUCUUAACCGUGUUGAUUUGGGGUUCUCUGUUUUGGCAAAAAUUUUGAAACUUGGUUUUCAACCCAACUGUGUGUCUAUAAGCACUCUUGUCAAGGGGCUUUGUCUCCAGGGUAAAAUUGCUGAAGCGGUGAAUUUGGCUGAUGAAAUGGGGAAGAAGGGAUUUAAACCUGAUGAAUUUACCUAUGCGACCGUAAUUAAUGCUCUGUGUAAGGUAGGUGAAACUGAUCUGGCCAUUAACUCGCUUAGGAAGAUGGAAGAUGCAAAUUUUGUACUUAAUGCAGCAUCGUAUAAUACAAUCAUUUGCAGUUUGUGCAAGGACGGAUUGUUGACUGAUGCCUUGAAACUUUUUUCCACAAUGACGAGUAAAGGCAUUCAGCCAAACCAUUUUACUUACAAUCCCUUACUUCAGGGCCUAUGCAAGUUUGGCCAUUGGAAAGAGGCUGCUAAAUUAGUGACUGAUAUGGAAGAAAGGAAUAUCAUGCCAAAUGUGCGCACUUUCAAUGUAUGGGUGGAUGCGCUUGUAAAAGAGGGGAAGAUGACGGAGGCAAAAGAAGCUUUUGAUAUGAUGACUGAGAAAGGCAUAGAGCCAGAUGUAGUCACGCACAACUCUUUCAUUGAUUGUUAUUGUCAGCAAAACAAAAUGGAUGAGGCAAUCAAAACAUUUAAUAUGAUGGUUAGGAGGGGUUGUUCUCCUAAUGUUUUUAGCUAUAGCACACUAAUCAAUGGAUAUUGUAAAAGUAAGAGAAUUGCUGAGGCAAUAAAUCUCUUUCAUGAAAUGUUAGACAAGAGAAUGAUUCCCAAUGUUGUCACUUACAACACUUUUCUAGGUGGGUUUUGCCGAGUGGGGAGACCUCUGGCUGCGUUAGAUCUACUCCAUGAGAUGCAAGUUUGUGGAGAACAUCCUAACAUCCAAACUUAUGCCAUUUUGUUAGAUGGUCUUUUUAAGAACGGAUGUUUUGUGGAGGCAAUGGCAUUGUUUCGAGAGAUUGUAGACAAAAAGUUGGACGUUAAUAUUGUGAUUUACACCAUCUUGAUUGAUGCUAUGUGUGAUGCGGGAAAACUUGUGACUGCAAAAGAACUCUUUUGUAGUCUUUCUACCAAAGGGUUGCAACCUGAUGCUCACACUUACAAUGUAAUGUUAAAAGGACUAUGCAAAGAGGGACUAAUAAAUGAAGCGUGCGAGCUGUUUGAGAAAAUGGAUGGGAAUGGUUGCUUGCCUGACAAUUUCUCGUAUAACACAAUUAUCCAAGGAUUACUGCAACGUGAUGACACAUCAAGGGCAGCAGAAUAUAUUGAAAUAAUGGUUGACAAGGGUUUCUCUGCAGAUGCAACAACUGCGACCAUGGUGAUUGACUUGUUGUCUGCUACUAAAGUCGAUAAGGCAAUUCGAGAGUGGUUUGAGAAGCUUUUGUAAAAGGCUUUCUUGGUUUUCAAUGCCAAGAACAUCUAUAUACUUCAACACUUCACUAGCUGAUCUAUGGGGAAUGUUUAUUUACUUUAAGUGAAUUUUAAAUCUCUCAUUUUUAUGGCCAAGAUUGAUCAGUCCUCCGCCUCUAUUAUCUUUCAUUGAAAUGUUUGACCGAUGGAAAGUACUUGCAGCGGAAAUUAGACUCUGGGAUUUUGGUGGUUGUAUCUCCAUUGUUUUCUGAUGUGAAUGUUUUUAAAUUUUCCCUGAUGAUAUUAUGUUUGUGAGAAGUAUGUUGGAAAUAUUGUCUAAUAGAAGUAUUUAUUAUGCUGAAGUGUACUGCAUUAUCCUCUAUGAUAAGGUGCAGUAAGUACCUUACUCAUUUUUAAAGCUGGGUGCCCUUGUAUCAUAAACUUGCUGUAACUUUUUGUAUAUUGGACUUUGAACCAAUCAAGACUAGUGUACAUUGAAUAGAUUAUCAACUUAAGGAAGUUGCUAACAAUGGGAUCUGCUUGUUUGUUCAUGGGCUAGAUUGUAAGCAAUUUAGUUGCAGUCCGGCACAAAGGUAGCCGCUUUAUGAUCAUGAAAUCCUCUACUUUACGAACAUCGGAGAUGCUAGCUAUUAUAAUUUAUAACAAAAGUAAGAUAUCAUGGACAUUUGCUGGUCUGAUCUUGCGUUGGUGCAAAACGUAGUGCUUACUAGUUAUACCACUGUGUUUACAAUCAGAAUGGACAAUCCAACUGCAACCAGUCUAUGUUACUGUCUAUAUCAAGCCUUCUGAUUGGCUUUGGCUUUGGUCAGAACCCAGCAUGAAUUUUUUCGAAUGGUCUGAUCCUCAUGAUUUCUGAUUGCUGACCUGUUUACACAUAAUGCUCUUCUUCAGUGUCACCAAUGAUUCUUGAACCUUGAUUUAUCUGAUUGUCCAUAGGCUAGCAUUUUCCAUAAGAAGGCCACAAUACCAUUUAAUUAUGUAUCACACAGCCAUCAGCAUUUAGAGUAAAGUACAUAGAAGUUAGUUUGGUGCUUCUGAUUGUUCCAUGCCUCCAUCCCUCCCAUUUAGAUAGAACUCCAUAUCUAUUGUUUAGUUCUUUGUACUUUUGUGUACAUAUAGGCUGCUAGAUUUUCAAAAUUUCUAAGUGAAGAUGCAGAAAUGCUGUUAUUGAGCAACUGAUGUUGUUUCUUCCCAACUUAUGUCUCAAAUGUAUUCUGUAACUAUCUUUUAAUAUACUUUCAGUUUAACUGAAUUUUGACCGCAGGAAGUGUGUAGUCAUCCACCUGUGCUGGGCAAUGCCAGGUGUGCAACAAGAUUAAAUAAUAUAACUCAGUAGAGUUCUUUAUUGAGUAAUGAUUGUAUUCCUUAGCACCAAGUAUAUUUGCUACGAGCCAUUCUGAUUCUUGUACAAGCUGGUAUGUUGGCCUUUUCCUUCCUUCUACGUCGUUGCUUCUGCCCAUAUUUAUGUUUCUUAUUUUCAAGGCUUGUUUUGUUUGUAUUGCCAAAAAUGGUGUUUGUACUUGCAAGAUUAAAUUAGAGUAUGGUAUUUUGAAACUUGACUGCAAAAGAACUAUUCUGUAGUCUUUCUACCAAAGGGUUGCACCCUGAUAUUUGGACGUACAGUAUAAUGAUCAAAGGACCAUGCAAAUAGGGACUUAGAGAUGAAGCCUGGGAGCUGCUUGAGAAAAUUGAUGGGAAUGGUUGCUUGCCUGACAAUUUCACGUGUAACCCAAUUAUCCAAGAACUUUUGCAACAUAAUGAAUCAUAAAGGGCAGUGGAAUAUAUUGAAAUAAUGGUUGACAAUGGUUUCUUUGCAGAUGUAACAACUGCAACCCUUGUGGUUUCAAUAGUGGUUUGAGAAGCUUUUGUGAAAGGCUUCCUAAGUUUCACUACCGAGGAAAACUUUAUAGUUCAAUGCUUUGCAAGCUGAUCGAUAAGGGAUGUCCACUUCAAGUUUUAUAAGCCUUAAAAUGAAUGAUUUGGAGAACUUGUACGGAUACAAUACCCACAAAGCUGAAUUGAAGAAAAGGAAGAUCACAGGCGACUCUAUGCUCAUUAUGCAAAUAGAAGAGGAGACAACAGGGCAUACUCUUUGGAUUUGUCACUCGCAAAUGAUGUUAGGGGACCGAAUCAUUCAAAAGGUGUCAAUUGUAGAUGAUGAUUUUGGAAGUGUUGUUACCAGUUAUUGGACGCAAUUUCAACAUAUAGUCUAGAACUUGUUACUAUAGUGUUUACACCAAACCGUGGAUAUUACUUUUCUUUCUCCCAAUCUUUGGUUUGUUUUUAAUUUCCUUUCUAAAAUGUAAUACACAGUGUACUCGAUUGUUUAUUUUUUAUUUUUACCUGGGUCUGUAGCUUUGCAAUUCUUAGUUACAAUUUUAAGAAAAUUUUAAAUUUGAUCAAUGUAACUUAUUUUGCAAAUAGUCAAGCUAUGAUUAAUGAACGAUGAUUGUCAGGGUUGUUGAAUGUAUUUCAGCAAA